AUGGCGGACAGAGGAGGCGGAGGACCAUGCGGAGCUUGCAAGUUUCUCAGAAGAAAGUGUGUGGAAGGUUGUGUAUUUGCCCCUUACUUUUCAACUGAGGAAUUGGGUGCAGCUCAUUUUGCUGCAAUUCAUAAGAUCUUUGGUGCAAGUAACUUCUCUAAGUUGCUGCAUAACAUUCCAUCGGAUCAAGAGCGAUUUGAUGCGGUUGUAAGCAUAUCUUACGAAGCCCAGGCUCGCCUUCAAGAUCCUGUUUAUGGCUGUGUUUCACACAUCUCUGCUCUUCAACAACAGGUUGCACAUUUGCAAGGACAGCUGGCUUUUGCUUACUCAAAGCUAGCUAGCGGCUCAGACCGUACAUCAUUAAGUCCAUGCCAUGUAAGCCGGAAGCAAGCUGAAAUACCAGUUUCAUUUGUUAACAGCCCUCUCGUAAAUUAUAAUUCCUUAAAUGCACCACAGUCAAGCCAUCAGAGAGCGUAUGACAACAAUCUGUUUUCUCCUGAUAUUAAGGAUUCAUGUUUCCCCACGGACCAGAACGACCACCAUUACGAUCCCCUCGUUCCAUCCCAGCAAAUGAAUGUUCCUCAGGACGAUAGAAGUGUAAUGGAAGCAAGCCUAGAUGAAAUAGGAGAUCUCCAGGCUCUGGUUUCUGCCCUCCUUAGGAAAAAUAGGAGCUGA